GCGGUGGCGCGCGUGCGCAGGCGGUUGAGGCGGGCGGUGAAGCGGCGGCGGCGGCGCCGGGCGGAGGCGGCGGCGAUGGAGCCGGGAUACGGCGGAUACGGCACCUGGAGCACCGGGGCCGCCGGCGCCCAGGCUUCCUACGGCACGAGCACGAGCAGCUGGCAAGGCUACGAGGGUUACGAGUUCUACCCCCCGCAGAGCUCGGCCCCCGCGGGAGCCUCCUACAGCUACGGGGGAGGGGCGGGCGGCGCCUCCUGGGACCCCCCCAAGGAGCUGGGGCUGGGAUCCGGCGAGGGAUCCGCCGGAGCCGCCUUCGGAGUGGGAUCCGCCUUCGGAGCGGGAUCCGCCGGAGCCGCCUUCGGAGCGGGAUCUGCUGGAUCUGCCUUCGCCUCGGGAUCCGCCGGAGCCGCCUUCGGCACGGGAUCCGGAGCCGCCUUCGGCACGGGAUCCACUGGAUCUGCCUUCGGAUCGGGAUCCGGAGCCGCCUUCGCAUCGGGAUCGGGGACCGCCUUCGGCUCGGGAUCCUCUGGAUCCACCUUUGGAUCGGGCUCUGCCGGAUCUACCUUUGGCUCGGGGUCUGGAUCCACCUUUGGUUCAGGAUCUGCUGGAUCCACCUUUGGCUCGGGAUCCGGAGCCGCCUUCGGAUCGGGAUCUGCAGGAUCCACCUUCGGCUCGGGAUCCACCGGCUCCUCCUUCGGCUCGGGAUCCGGCACCGCCUUCGGCUCGGGAUCCACCGGAUCCACCUUCGGCACGGGAUCCGGCACCGCUUUCGGCUCGGGAUCCGCCGGCUCCUCCUUCGGCUCGGGAUCCGGCACCGCCUUCGGCUCGGGAUCCGCCUUCAGCCAGGGAUCCUCGGGAUCCUCCCUGGCCCCGGGAUCCUCGGGAUCCGCCGAGAUCCCCGGCUCCAACCCCGACUCCAUCAUCGCCAAGAUCAACCAGCGCCUCGACCUGCUGGCCAAGGAGGGCAGCGCCGGCGAGGGCCCCGAGCAGCACCACGGCUCCUUCCGCUUCGACUCCUUCUCCUCGUUCUCCCCCCGCGCUGACUCGCGGGAUCCCUUCCGGGCCGGGCCCUUCCCGCUGCCCGCGGCCGCUCCCGGCGCUCGCGGCUCCGUGGCCCGGCGCGGCGCGGGGCCGGCGCGCGGCACGGCCCGGCGGGGCUGCGAGCCCCGGGCCCGGCACGCGGCCGAGCCGCCCGGCGCCUCCCGCUGGGCCGAGCCGCGGGCGCUGCCCUCGCUCUUCUCGCAGGCGCUGCUGCCCGACUACCCCGGCGAGUACCCCGAGUACCCCGAGUACCCCGAUUAUCCCGAGUAUCCCGAGUAUCCCGACUAUCCCGACUAUCCCGAUUACCACCCCGGCGAUUAUCCCGAGUUCCCGGGCGGGCUGGGAAUGCCGGGGAUGAGCCGCGGCCCCUUCGGCAUGAGGAGGAGGGACAGGAUGGGGGCGCUGCCCUGGAACGGCCUGCACGCGGGCCGGCGCCGGGGGCUCCGCGCUCGCUCCGGGGGGCGCUGGGAGCCCGAGGGGCCCCGCAAGCGGAAACGCUCCGGGAACGACGCCGGGAACGCCGGGAAUAACGACACCGGGAAUGCCGGGAACGACGACACCGGGAACAACGGGAACGACGACACCGGGAAUAACAACGACACCGGGAACGACGACGGGAACGACGAUCCCAAAAACCCCGACAGCGACUCCGAGCACGGAGAUGAAGGGGAAGGAGAGGAGAAAUCCUUGGAUGAGGCAGACAAAGGAUCCUCGGAGGAGGACGAGGAGGCGAGGAAGAAACGGGAGAAGCAGCGGAGGAGGGACCGGAUGAGGGACAGGGCCAUGGACAGGAUCCAGUUCGCCUGCUCCGUGUGCAAAUUCCGGAGCCUGGACGAGGAGGAGAUCCAGAGGCACCUGGAGAGCAAAUUCCACCGGGACACGCUGCGCUACAUCGGCACCAAACUGCCCGACAGGACCGUGCAGUUCCUGCAGGAGUACAUCGUGAACCGGAACCGGAAAAUCGAGCGGCGGCGCCAGGAGCUGUCGGAGAAGGACGGGAACAAAGCCAGGCCGGAUCCCUUCAAGGGGAUCGGGCAGGAGCAUUUCUUCAAGCGCAUCGAGGCCGCGCACUGCCUGGCCUGCGACAUGCUGAUCCCGGCCCAGGGCCACCUCCUGCAGAGACACCUGCGCUCGGCCGAGCACAACCGCAGCCGCAGGCUGGCGGCCGAGCAGUUCAAGAAGACGAGCCUGCACGUGGCCAAGAGCGUCCUGAACAACAAACACAUCGUGCGGAUGCUGGAGCGAUACCUGCAGGGUGAAGAUCCCUUCACGGAGGAGCCGCCCGGGGCCGAGCCCCCGCCGGGAGAAUCCCAGGAAAGCCCCAAAUCCACGGAAACGCCGGGAAAAAUCCCGGGAGAAGCGGAAAUCCCCGGAGAUUCCCCCAAAUCCCAGGAAUUCCUGGAGCCCCCCAGGCCCCUCCUGGUGCCGCCCUUCCUGGAGGAGCCGGAAAAUCCCGAAAUUCCCGAAAAUUCCCAGGAAAAUCCGACAGCAGAACCCCAGGAAUUCGGGAUUUCCCCCCAAAAGCAAACUGAGGGAGGGGAGGGGGAAGAGGAGGAGAAAAUUCCGGGGAAAACGCCAGAAAAAAACCUGGAAAAAAUCCUGGAAAAUGAGGAAAAAAUUCCAGAAAAAAUCCUGGGAAAAGAGGAAAAAAAUGCAGAAAAAAACCCGGAAAAAGAGGAAAAAAUUCCAGAAAAAAUCCCGGAAAAUGAGAGGAAAAUUCCAGAAAAAAACCCGGAAAAUGAGGAAAAAAUUCCAGAAAAAACCCCGGAAAAGGAGGAAGAGAAAGACGUGGAAGAGCCCUGAGAAUUCCAGGAAAAGGAUGAAGAAGCCACAAAAGAGGAGAAAUUCCCAGAUUUUCCCAUCCCUGAGGAAUUCUCUGCUGGGAUUUUGGGGCAGUUUCAGGAAGAAAAAAAGCCCCAAAAAAAUGGGAAAAAUAAAAAGUUGGAAGUUUGGGAAAAUU